AUGUCGGUGCCGCCAUUGCAUUCCGGACAGGCAGAUCAACCGUUCAAGGAGACUAUUUUACAAAUCCUCAACAACCAGCACAUGCUGAUGGCGCGGUUGUCGGAUCAAAUGACGGCGAUCCAAGGAAACGUCCAGCAAACAAAUCGAACUGAGCUGAUACUCGACUCCCUAGCGUCGAAUAUUACGGACUUUGUCUACGAUGGAGAAACAGGAUGUUCCUUUGAAGCUUGGUUCGCUCGCUAUGCGGACCUCUUUGAGAAAGAUGCCGCCCAAUUGACGGAUGACGCAAAGGUACGGCUCCUACUCCGAAAGUUGAAUCCUGUCGCCCACGAGAGAUAUACAUCGUUCAUUCUUCCUAAGCUGUCAAGAGAAUAUUCUUUCGAAGAAACAGUAGCUAAAUUGAAAACUAUCUUUGGUACCCCUGUGUCAAUUUUUUAUCGUCGGUACCAAUGUUUGCAGACGACUAAAGACGAGCAUGAAGAUUUUAUUAGUUACUCAUGCAAAGUAAACCGAGCUUGCGUUGAUUUCAAGCUGCAGGAGUUGCAGGAAGAAAAAUUCAAAUGUCUCAUUUUCUUGUGUGGGCUAAAAUCAUCCAAGGAUUAUGACAUUAGGAUGCGUUUGUUGUCGAAAAUUAAUGACACAAAUGAUAUCACACUUGAGAAGGUUGUCGAAGAGUGCAAAUCUCUCAUUAACCUGAAGCGUGAUACGGUUCUUAUAGGAGGACAGUCUUCAUCCUACACUGUGGCGGCAACGAAGGCUACCAGAGCACACUCACCAUAUGGACAUAGGAGGGGAAAUGUCAAACACAACAAAGGCAAGUGUGACGAAGUCAAAACGCCGUGCUGGGGCUGCGGCGGUAUGCAUUUUUCCAGUCAAUGCACUUUUAAAGACCACAAGUGCCGGGACUGCGGUCGAACGGGCCACAAAGAAGGCUAUUGUGGGUGUUUCAAACGGCGUCAACCAGUAUACAAGGGCAAGCAGCAGAGCAAAAUGCAACACUCAAAUAAGAUCGUGAUAGUAAAGGACCUCAAACGAAGUAGGCGAUAUGUUGAAACCAGCAUCAACGGAGUACCAGUUAGUCUUCAGCUGGAUUCCGGCUCCGACAUAACAGUCAUAUCUAGACAAAACUGGAUCAAAAUUGGAGCACCACAAACAUGGCCACCGGACUGCGAGGUACAGACAGCUUCUGGCAGUAAAUUGAAAAUCGAUUCGAUGUUCCGAGCCACCAUCACCAUCGGCGACACACAACGAGAAGGUAAUUGUUACGUUACUAACCUAUCUCUGAACGUUUUAGGCUCAGACCUACUAGAUGAGUUUGGGCUAUGGGACGUGCCGUUUUCAUCAUUUUGUAAGGUGAUCGGAAAAAAAGAAGACCAACAUAUUGCUGAGUUAAAAGCGGAAUUCCCAAGUGUUUUUUCGGAUCGUAUGGGCCUCUGUACGAAAAAGCAAGUACAGUUCACACUUAAAGAGAAUGCGCGGCCGGUGUUCAAACCCAAGCGGCCGGUUUCGUACAGUAUGGAGACGGUCAUAGAAGGGGAAUUACAGCGUUUAGAAGAUCUCGGUAUCAUUACACCGAUAACCUACGCAGACUGGGCUGCACCGAUUGUGGUGGUACGUAAGCCGGACAAUUCCGUCCGGAUUUGUGCAGAUUUCACGACAGGGUUAAACAACGCACUAGAGGCAAACAACUACCCUUUGCCUCUCCCGGAAGACAUAUUCAAUCGAAUGGCAAAUUGUGUGAUAUUUAGUCAUAUCGAUUUGUCAAACGCUUAUCUACAAGUCCCCGUCGAUACAGAAAGUCGCAAGCUGAUCAAUAUAAACACACACAAGGGAUUAUAUCAGUUUAAUCGGCUAUCCCCUGGCAUCAAAAGUGCCCCAGGGGCUUUCCAGCAAAUUAUGGAUACGAUGCUGGCGGGAAUCGAAUGCACCACCCCCUACCUUGAUGAUAUACUGGUUGGAGGUCGCACCGUAGAGGAGCAUAAACGUAACCUACGUCAUGUGCUCCAACGCAUUCAGGAGUACGGUUUUACGGUGAAGUUUGAAAAAUGUCGAUUUUUUAUGCGCCAGGUGAAGUACCUAGGCCAGUUCGUUUUCCAGAUGGGUCGGAAAAGGCGGUUUUUCAUGCUUCUCGAAGUUUAA